CAAUAACUUCCAAGUCUCAUGCUGAUUUGAUCCGAGCUUGAACACGCGUCCUGAUAUGGAAGAGUAUGAGAAGCUACCCUUAUUAGUACGGCAAAGGAUUUGAAGGUUCCCAUGGGCAAUAAUCAUCGGCCAUGGCUUCCGUAGUCGAAAUACUCGACCUGCUCUUGAGCACCUCAGUUCUGCGUAGCAUCUUAGCAGCUGCAUUCCUGGGCUAUGCACUGUGGGCUAGGAAAGGAGCACAACCAGGGAGAGCUACAUCCGAUGCAUUUAACACGCACAUUUUGAACUACGCCGCUCCGUUCAUUGUGCCUGCCGUGCUAUCACGGGUCUGGCUGUACUGGGUCAACAAAACAGUGCCGGAGCCCUACCUGGAUGAGUUCUUCCACAUCCCACAAGCUCAGGCCUACUGUGAGGGAAAGUACCUUGAAUGGGAUGACAAGAUCACGACGCCUCCUGGAUUGUACAUCUUUAGCAUCAUCUGGGCUCGGGUAUUAGGCUAUGAAGACUGCUCAGCAGAGACUCAGCGGAAGUUCAACGCAGAAGCCAUUGCAUUGACGGCUCUGCUGGCAGGAGCAUGUCGGGCUGCCAUCGAGCAACCCAAGGCAGGCGCGAGCCAGCGGCAUUCGGGCUUCGCAAUACAUACGGCAGUGAACGUUGCCCUAUUCCCAGCACUGUUCUUUUUCUCCGGUCUGUACUACACCGAUGUGCUCUCGACUUGCGUUGUCCUGGUUGCGUACCGCAACCAUCUGGCACGAGUAAACCGAAGCAACGAUGACAGCUCCCUGCUGAACGACAUCUACACCAUAUGCUUGGGCGUACUUGCCUUGUUCAUGCGACAAACCAAUAUCUUCUGGGUGGUCGUUUAUAUGGGCGCAUUAGAGGCUGUACAGGCAAUCAAGAGCCUGAAGACGGAGCAAAUGGGAGACCCCCAAUUCGCAACACUGACAGAAAAACUCAAGUUCUUCGCAUGGAGAUACUCCCAGGGCGAUAUCCAUGACCCCUCUCUGCACUUGGCUUGGCCGACAGACCUAUUGGCAUGUGUCAUCAGCGUGGGCAUCGCAUUGAUAGGCAAUCUGCCAACAGUCCUGCGGCGUGUAUACCCACAUGUCGCGGUUCUGGGUCUCUUUGCCAUGUUCGUUACCUGGAAUGGAGGUGUUGUCUUGGGGGACAAAUCAAACCACGUGGCGACCAUCCACCUCGCCCAGAUGCUCUACAUCUGGCCGCUCUUUGCCUUCUUUUCCUUCCCUUUAUUUCAGGCGCAGCUUCCUCAUCUCUUGAGUAUGUUCUUCUGGCUGUUCGCCGGACAGUCCAACUCUGCAGCCGCCUCCAGUGAGAUAAGUCACAAAGAUUCCGCGCAGCCAGAACCCCUUUCAGUAUCCUUGACGACCGCGAAACUCACGAAGCACAGCCGACCGGGCCCUCAACUUUCACCCAACGUCACUCGUAGGCCAACUAAGCAGCCGAGGGUCCUCCAAGCAUUCAACUACCUCGGCUCACUCUUCAAAGUCCACUCCGUCAUCGUCAUCGCACUGUGUCUUGUCGCGGCAUUCCUCAUUGUGCACUUCAACACUAUCAUACACCCCUUCACGCUGGCGGACAACCGGCAUUACAUGUUCUACAUCUUCCGGUACACAAUCCGCCGUGACAUGGUCCGCUACCUCCUCGUCCCGAUCUACAUCCUCUGCGGCUGGCUCUGCUGGUCUCGUCUGUACGGGCUCGAACACACCUGGCUUGUAAACCCCGGGCAUAUUUCUGCCGCAGGACAGUUAGAACGGUGGUAUCACAGCCCCUUUGAAAAGACCGGGCCUUGCUCUGUGAUCAGGCCCGAUACGAUGGCGGGGGGCCAAAAUACUACUAGCUCUCAGGACAGGGGUGUGAUCAUCCGGCAAAGAACGAACGGCAAGCACACAGAUGCACCGACAGCUCCACUUCGACACCUCUUCAUUGACUCUACUACUCCCCCGCCGACAUCAACGAUCCUGAUCCUGCUUCUGGCAACAUCGCUCAGUCUCGUGACGGCGCCACUGGUGGAACCGCGAUACUUCAUCCUGCCGUGGGUAUUCUGGCGGCUUCUCGUACCCCGCAUGGAUAUGCGCCUACUCCAGGGAUGCCACUCGCCCAUGCUGCAACACAUAUCUAGGCUCAAGUUCGACCCGUGCUUAGUUCUUGAAACGAUGUGGUUCCUGGCUAUUAAUGCGGGUACUAUGUAUAUAUUCAUCACUAGACCGUUUUACUGGAAGUCGGAUGAUGGGACGGUGUUGGACGGGGGAAAUGUGCAGCGGUUUAUGUGGUGAUAAGCAUUGCUGCCCGGCAAAGUUAGCUGCAGUAGCUGGAAGAUGCUGGAAGGAGAUGGGCCAACCGACAAAUAUAAUAUACAGAGUAAAUAAAGGCAC